AAAUGGGAGACAACAUGUCGAAGAGGUUAAAGCUGGUGACAGCAUCUGAGUCGGAGAUGGAGGAGCGUUCAUUUCCUAACCCUUUCCCCGACUCGGACCAAGGAAUUCUCACUGCGUCCUCCGCAGCGGAUAACAGCAGCACCGGAGACACUUUUGAUGCCAAUGGCAAGAUCACAGAGGCCUUCCAGAAGAAAGUACAGAAUAAAAUCAAAGACCUUCUCCAGCAGAUGGAAGAAGGACUAAAGACUGCUGACCCUCAUGACUUCUCCACCUAUACCGGUUGGUCAGGAAUCGCCUUGUUGUACUUGCAGUUGCAUCGCGUGAGUGGAGAGUCCUUUCAUCUGCAGCGCUCUUUGGAUUAUGUUAAGCGUGCACUGCGUAAUCUGAAUGGCCGGAAAGUCACGUUUCUGUGUGGUGAUGCUGGACCGCUGGCCGUGGCUGCAGUCGUCCACCAUCGACUAAAGAACCAGGCUGACCUACAGGAGUGCCUCACAAAGCUGCUUCAGCUCCAGCGCUCAGUCAUCAGUCCUGACUCGGAGAUUCCAGACGAGCUGCUGUACGGCCGGGCUGGAUACCUGUACGCCCUGCUCUACGUCAACAAAGAGAUCGGCCCAGAAACAGUGGACAAGAACACAAUCGCUAUGGUGGUGACUGCCAUAUUGGAGUCAGGGAAGAACUUGUCCAGAGAAGAGAAGAAGACAGAGCGGUGCCCACUGCUUUACGAGUGGCAUAAGAAGCAGUAUGUUGGAGCAGCACAUGGACUGGCAGGAAUCUACUACAUGCUGAUGCAGCCCACGGCUCAGGUUAAUUCCGAAAUUCUUACCGACUUGGUCCGGCCCAGUAUAGAUUAUGUGCGGCACAAGAAGUUCCGCUCGGGCAACUACCCAUCAUCCCUCAGCAACGAGACAGACAGGCUGGUGCACUGGUGCCACGGAGCACCUGGUGUGGUUCACAUGCUCAUCAUGGCACAUAAGGCUUUUAAGGACGAGAAGUAUCUGAAGGAUGCGGCAGAGUGUGGCGAGGUGAUCUGGCAGAGAGGUUUGCUGCGCAAAGGCUACGGCAUCUGUCACGGCACCGCCGGCAACGGUUACGCUUUUCUCUCGCUGUACAAGCUCACGCAGGAUCAGAAGUACCUGUACCGUGCCUGCAAGUUUGCGGAGUGGUGUCUAGACUAUGGAACGCACGGCUGCCGUAUUCCAGACCGGCCGUAUUCCCUCUUCGAAGGAAUGGCUGGAGCGAUCCACUUUCUCUCAGACCUCGCACAGCCAGAGGCUUCUUGCUUCCCCGCCUUUGAACUUUGACCUGGGCUUCUGGGAGCAGACUUUUACUUUGAACAGUUAAGGUGGUGAAAGCUUUUCCAGGCUCUUCUAGCACUGAACCACUGAACUUGCGGUGAAAAGAAAAAAGAGGAAAACUCCCCACCUUUUGCCUAUAACUUUAAAAUAAUCCACAAAAUUGAGUUUUGUCCCUAUAGCAGCAUUCAUGCUUUUACAAUAAAAAAAUUAUAAUUUCUUAAUGUAAACAUUAAGUUUGUUCCCAUUCACUGCACUGAAUCUGAUGUUUUUGCUUCCAAGGAUCAGCAUUGAGUUGACGUUACGUACUGUAUCUGUGCUGCAUGCUUAUGUUCUGGUUGUAUUGAAGUGCCUAAGUUGACCUUGUCUUCGUCUUAUGUGUUUGUCCUGUCUUUGUCGUCCGUGCAUGAGGAUGGCUGAAAUGAACUUGUGUACGCUUCUAGCAUUAUUUCUGACAUCUGUAAUGCACGUGUGGUUGAAACGGUAUUGGUGAGAUCGAUAAGAGAAAGAUUGUGAGAAAAACGAACCAGACUGUUCUAAAUAUUGUUUUAUGAGGCAGGAAUAUUAUGAAUGUUGCAAUAAAUUGGGCUCCAUGAACUGAA